AUGUUCUCGAGAGCCAUCCGCCAGUCGAGCCGCCGGGUCGCUGCAAUCUCUGCCACGGGUAGAAUUGCAUCGACCCGCGCCCCGGCCUUUACCAGCGCAAUCCGUUCCUAUGCCUCCGAGGCGAAAGCCAGCCCGACCGAGGUCUCCUCCAUCCUGGAGCAGAGGAUCCGCGGUGUGCAGGAGGAGAGCAGCCUCGCCGAGACAGGACGUGUGCUUUCCGUCGGUGACGGUAUCGCCCGUGUCCACGGCAUGAACAACGUCCAGGCUGAGGAGCUCGUCGAGUUCGCUUCCGGUGUCAAGGGCAUGUGCAUGAACUUGGAAGCCGGCCAGGUCGGUGUCGUGCUCUUCGGUUCCGAUCGAUUGGUCAAGGAAGGCGAGACCGUUAAGCGUACCGGAGCUAUUGUCGAUGUCCCCGUCGGCGAGGCUUUGCUCGGACGAGUCGUUGACGGGCUCGGUAACCCCAUUGACGGAAAGGGUCCCCUCAAGACCACGGAGAGGCGCCGUGCUCAACUCAAGGCUCCCGGUAUCUUGCCCCGUCAGUCCGUCCGCGAGCCCGUCCAGACUGGUCUCAAGUCGGUCGACGCCAUGGUGCCCAUUGGACGUGGACAGCGUGAGUUGAUCAUUGGUGAUCGUCAGACCGGAAAGACCGCCGUUGCCCUCGACGCCAUGCUCAACCAGAACCGAUGGAACAAGGGAACCGACGAGAAGAAGAAGCUCUACUGCAUUUACGUUGCAAUCGGUCAGAAGCGGUCCACUGUGGCCCAGCUUGUCAAGACCCUCGAAGAAAAUGACGCUAUGCGAUACUCCAUCGUGGUGGCCGCCACCGCCUCAGAGGCCGCUCCCCUUCAGUACCUCGCGCCGUUCGUCGGCACAUCUAUGGGUGAAUGGUUCCGCGACAAUGGCAAGCAUGCGCUGGUAAUCUACGACGAUCUCACCAAACAGGCCGUCGCCUACCGCCAGAUGUCUUUGUUGCUGCGUCGCCCCCCCGGUCGUGAGGCUUACCCCGGUGAUGUCUUCUAUCUUCACUCUCGCCUGCUGGAGCGCUCGGCCAAGAUGAAUGACAAGCUCGGUGGAGGUUCUUUGACUGCACUCCCCAUCAUUGAGACCCAAGGUGGUGAUGUGUCUGCGUAUAUCCCUACCAACGUCAUCUCUAUCACCGAUGGACAAAUUUUCCUCGAGGCCGAGCUCUUCUACAAGGGUAUCCGCCCUGCCAUCAACGUCGGUCUUUCGGUUUCUCGUGUCGGCUCCGCUGCCCAGGUCAAGGCCAUGAAGCAGGUCGCUGGUUCCCUCAAGCUCUUCUUGGCUCAAUACCGUGAGGUCGCUGCUUUUGCCCAGUUCGGUUCUGACUUGGAUGCUGCUACCAAGCAGACCCUCAGCCGUGGUGAGCGUCUUACCGAGCUUCUCAAGCAGAAGCAAUACACUCCGAUGGCUGUCAACGAGAUGGUCCCCUUGAUCUACGCCGGUGUCAACGGUAUCCUUGACAAGGUUCCCGUAAACAAGGUUCUGCAAUGGGAGGCUGAUUUCCUGGCUCACCUGAAGUCCAACGAGCAGGAAUUGCUCAACACCAUUGAUCGGGAAGGCGCUCUCAGCAAGGAUAUCGAGUCGAAGUUGAAGGAGGUUGCCACAUCUUUCACCAAGUCAUUUGUCUAG